CUCCACGGGGCCCACAACAUGCAUGCACUUCCGAACCUUUCUCUCUCUCUCUCUCAGUAGGCUUUUUCGCUUGAGGCCCCGUAUCUCAUAUUUUCUCCCCAUUUGAAUAUUUCCUCAGCUAAUCCCUUCACCAUUGUCGUGUGGUCCGUGUUUGUGCUGAAGUCAGCUGGACCCGCAAUGGAUCCGAACUCAACCCUGACGACCCGCUCAAUACCCGAGCUACACCGCCCAUUUGUCGGGAUUUAGCCGCAACCACCAUCGCCGGGAACUCUCUUGACGGCGCCGAUGAAACGUUCCUUUCGGUCUCUUUUCAGCGUUCUCCUAUUCGUCUUCUUCUCCGCCACACUCAUCUGCAGAGUCGCCAUCCGCCGGAGCAGCCUCUUCUUCAGCUCCGCCAUCGUCGAGCUAGGGACCUCCGGCCUCCUCACGCCUCCGGCGAAGCCGGUGUUCAAUGAGACGUUGCUGGUAUUCGCCGCCAUUGAUCCUGGGGAGCCGAAAUUCCGAGAGGAGAUUGAUUUGAUAUCGGAUUACGACGGCGGUCGGAGAAGCCAUCGCCGGAAAUUCGCGGCUCGUGAGAACCGGAGAUUCUCUUCCCGAUUACCGGUAAUGCAUCUGUCCUCUCAAAUUGAUCGUUAUUGGUCGGAAUCCAGACGAAAUUUGCAGAUUUGGGCUCGUCGGAGGACAUAUGAACCUAAUGUCAUGUCGGAUUUGAUCAGAUUAGUCAGGAAUCCGAUUGAAGCACACAAUGGUACAUCAUCUUCAAACUCAAGGUAUUCAUCUUGUGCCGUGGUUGGCAACAGCGGCAUUUUGCUGAAUACCCAGUAUGGAGGUCUCAUCGAUGGCCAUGAGAUUGUGAUCCGGUUGAACAAUGCAAGAACUCAGAGAUUCGAGAAGCUGGUCGGAUCGAAAACGAAUAUUUCCUUCAUAAACAGCAACAUCUUGCAUCUAUGUGCUCGAAGGCAAGGUUGCCACUGUCACCCAUAUGGUGAAACAGUGCCUGUAGUGAUGUAUAUUUGCCAAGCCAUUCAUUUCUUUGAUUACACUCUGUGUAAACAGUCUCAUCGCUCGCCAUUGAUUGUCACUGACCCAAGAUUCGAUGUCCUCUGUGCCCGGAUUGUGAAGUAUUACUCGGUGAAGAGGUUCUUGGAAGAGACAGGGAAAUCUUUUCUGGAAUGGAGUAAUGCCAAAGAUGGAGCUUUGUUCCAUUACUCCUCUGGUAUGCAAGCUGUGAUGCUUGCUUUGGGAAUUUGUGAGAAAGUGAGCGUUUUCGGGUUCGGGAAAUCGGAUUCAGCCAAGCACCAUUACCAUACCAACCAGAAGGCCGAGCUCGGGCUACACGACUAUGAAGCUGAAUACGACUUUUAUCGCGACUUGGAAACGAAUCCAAGGGCCAUUCCGUUCUUGCCAGAGAUGUUCAAGAUCCCCCCUGUUGUGGUUUACCAUUGAAAACUCUGAUUCUCCCUCUUUUGGUUUUGUCUGAAGAUUCGAUAGUAAAAGCUCAAAGCACCCACACUGUACAGUGGUUUUGAUCAA